AGCCCGUGCGCUGCUGCGUGACUAAACAUCACACCAUAGAUGAAGAGUUGCAUUGUAAACACAAGGAUAUGGCUGACGACAGGGGUGGAGACGAAGACAACGUUAACGAUAACAUGGGCAACCAGCUCCAGCUCUUUCCAGGCAACGAGGAAGAGGAAGAGGAGGAGGAAUAUGACAUGGAGACUGAAGACCGAGACAAUGAGGAGGCAACGAAGCCAAGCAUUAUCACGUUCGACCCCAGUCUACCCACUUCACACGCUUACCUGGGCUCGGACAUGGAGGAGUUUCACGGCCGCACCGUCCACGACGAUGACAGUUGUCAGACCAUCCCUGUGCUGCCACACACUGCUGUGAUGCUGGUGCCUGGACAGACCCUGCCCCUGCAGCUCUUCAGGCCGCAGGAGGUCAGCAUGAUGAGGAGCGUUAUACAGAGGGAUCGAACCUUUGCUGUGCUCGCACACAGUGAUGCAGGCGAGCCAGACGCAGAGUUCGGAACUACAGCAGAAAUCUACGCAUACCGGGAGGAGCAGGAGUACGGCAUUGAGACCGUCAAAGUGAAAGCUGUGGGCAGACAGAGAUUCAAAGUCCAUGAAAUAAGAACUCAAGCAGAUGGGAUUCGACAGGCCAAAGUCCAAAUCCUUCCAGAACGAAUCCUUCCUGAUCCUGUAUCUGCUGUUCAGCUAACUCCACUCUCCAGGCUCGUUGUGCACCCUUCCUCCAAGCCCCCAACUCAGAGCUGCAAGCAGGCGGAAUGCUGGUGGAAUAGCUACCAAAAGAGAAAGUUUUACUGUGCCAGUUUGACCCCCUGGCCACCGUGGGUCUAUGCCCUCUACGACUCUGAGUCGCUCAUGAACCGAGUGAAGAAGCAACUCCACGAGUGGGAUGAGAAUCUGAAGGAUGACUCUCUCCCUACAAACGCCGUAGACUUUUCCUACAGAGUUGCCGCCUGUCUGCCCAUAGACGACUCGCUCAGGCUCCAGCUUCUGAAGAUCGGCAGUGCCAUUCAGAGGCUUCGCUGUGAGCUGGACAUCAUGGAUCGGUGCACAUCACUAUGCUGUAAGCAGUGCCAAGACACUGAAAUCACCACCAAAAAAGAGAUCUUCAGCUUGUCGCUGUACGGCCCCAUGGCUGCCUAUGUCAAUCCACACGGUUACGUCCACGAGACUCUGACUGUCUACAAGGCUAACAACCUCAACCUGGUCGGCAGGCCGUCCACGCUCCAUAGCUGGUUUCCAGGGUACGCUUGGACAAUCGCCCAGUGCCGAACCUGUGGCUCUCACAUGGGUUGGAAGUUCACGGCCACCAAGAAGGACUUGUCUCCACCUCGUUUCUGGGGUCUGACUCGCUCGGCCAUGCUCCCCCGUAUUCCCCCCAGCGAGGGCGACGACGGGCGGGACAGCUCUCGCCUCUUCUGCCUGUGACAUCUGACCUUUUUUCCUCGUCAUGUAAAAACUGAGUCCUGUCUGGUUGUGUUGCCUCCAAAUAAUCACUACAUCACAAGCUGUCACCCUUGGCAGUAAAUCCAUCAUAUUAGCGGAAAGGUCAUCCAACCUUUACAUGGUACUUGAGCAGCAUAUGCUAUAGGAGGAAGGUCGAUUGUUCUUGAAGCUUCUUUAUAUAUAUAUAUUUAUAUAUAUGGAUGCACUCGUGAAGACAAAAGAUACAUGCUUCCAUUCGUGCUCCUUUGAGCGUGUAGCUCCGUUGUGUGCGCCUCUGUCCAGCUGUUUAAAGGCACUCUGACUGAAAAGCAAAAUGAGUGUGUCACGCUUUGGCCCUCCAGCUCUUGUCCUCCACGUGGCGGGGGGGGGGGGGGGUUGAAGCUUGAACAGCCAGUCUGCUUCAGACACUAGAAUCGGUUGUACUGCGCAAAAAGAAUCAUAAAUCUCAUUGAGAGAGCGUUUUUUUUUUUUUUUUUUUAAUUAUUAUUUAAAAAAAAAAAUUUAUUUGGUUUUUGUUGUUGCUUUAUUGAUGCCUGUCAUAGUCAAUGUUUGCUUGAAUACGCUCAAGCUGACUUUAUGGGUUGUAUUUUUGUAUGCAGAUAAGUUGGUGAUGACUAUAAUGGACUACUUAUGUGAGGACCUUUUUGUGAAUGGAGGGUGCUUUAUGCUCUAAUGGUCGUAACAACCCUUUUAAAGGUUAAUUUCGACUAAGUGGGAGAGGAGUAUUUAACCAUCAUUUAGAAUGUUACAGCUGUUGAAUCGUUUUUCUCCUCAAGCAAGAAAUGUACAAAUGGCAAAAUGAUGUCAUUUCUAAGUCUGUGCUUUGAUUGGGUUCUUUUAAGGUUGUAAAGCUGCUGUUUUCGGCAUUGACAAAAUGUGCUGCAAGAUGCUGGUUCAUGGUAAUACAUUAUCUUAAUUAAAAUUGCACUGAUUGCAAUAUG